GACAACAUGGCGGAUUUUUCUUUAACUCUGACAAACAUUAUUUAGGUUGAAAAUAACCCUCCGUGUUAAAGAAUAGGGGUUGUCCACGUACAUGAUGCAAGCAAAUACUACCUGAAUAAAACCUCAGACUGAAUAAAAUGAUUCGUCUGUGUGCGCUUAAUGAUGAUUCAAGUGAAGAGAGUGACCACGAACCUACACAGGAAAGUGUCAAACAAGCCAAGGAAUCAGAGGCUCUGGAGUUGUACAACAAAGGCCUGGCCUUGCAGCAGAAAGGAGAUUAUACAGCAUCUGAGGAAGCAUAUAAUCAUUUGUUAAAUUCUGCUUUGGUCAAAGAGGCUCUGCCACCAGAUGAGGAUACUGGAUUAGUUGAACCUGGUCAUGUAUUGAAAUACUCAGCUUACAAGAAUCUGGCUUCAUUAGCAGAGAAGAGAGAACAAUGGGAAAAGUCUAUAGAUGCAUAUCUUCAGGCUGUUGCACUUGAUGAUUCAGAUGUGACAGUAUGGCAUCAUCUUGGAAUGGUAGCACUGAAGACAUUUGAUCUUUGCUUGGCUCGACAUUCAUUUGAGGAGGGUUUGAAGUGUAAUCCAAAGCACUGGCCUUGUUUAGACUUGCUCUGUACAGUGCUGUAUGCCAUUGGGGAUUACUACACAUGCCUAGUUGUGAUUUCGAAGGCCUUCGAGAGGGAUGAAGAAUAUCCUAAAGGUAUAGCAUUGAAAAAUCAGAUAUUCUCAGAGGAACCACCUCUCAAGAAAGAAUCACAACAUUUGAGAAAUCUGUUUAAUAUGUGUUAUGCAAUGAAUGAGGAAGAGCAAGAAAAUGAAGAGAACAAGUUUGUGAAGGAAGCACUUCAUCUCAGGGAACAGAGGCUAAAACUUGUUGAAGCAGACAGGGCCCCUCCCCCUCCUUAUGCACCCGUCAAGCCUCUGACUUCACACACGUGGGCAAGUCUGGGAGAAUGCUUCAUUGCUCUGUAUGAUCACUUAACAUCACCAGAAAAUCCUCAGCCGCUUGGUCGAAGAGUUGAUUUGGAGGAGUACUACAAAGCCAUUGUCACUCCAGACAUCUCCAUGUCCUACCGAACAUCUGUUGUUAAAGUGCCAGAUUAUUCAAGUUCCAGUUUUUCUACAGAGGGAUUUUCAGUGUACAAGAAUGUCCAGACAGGUGAGAGUGAGGAGAAGAGCAAAAAAGGACCAAAAAGAAAGAAACCUCCUCCAAGUGCCAUUGAUGAUUUUCUUCCCAAGAGAAGAUCAGCCAGGGUGAGAACAAACAAGAAGAAGGAAGAGGAAAUAAACUACAGGGAAUUGGUGCAGUCAUUUAUUCCUUCACUGUUCAGACCCAGUGUAAGUGUAGAUGAUGAAAGUAGCCAGGACAGUCUCACAGAUGGCUCACAGUUUAGUCAAAGAAGCAGCCAGUCACAAGCUACUGAAGGGAAACCUGGAGAAGCUGACAGGAACAAUUAUGAUGAAGUGAUCACUGGGGAAGCUGAGGCUUUGGACAUUCUCACCUUUGUCAAAGAGCACAUGGAAAAUGGUGGAAUCAUUGAUGUAAUGAAUCAAUAUGGGAUAUGCCUUGCAGCUCAAAACAACAAAAAGUGGCCUUCAGCCUUGGCAGACGUCUUCCUUAAGACCUAUCAAAGGAUGAGGAAACAUGUUAUUCUUCCUUCUGAAUUUUGUGAUGAUCAAGAUUCCCUAUAUAGAACAAGAAUGGCAAAGCUUGUACUUGUGGUCAGUGAGUUGACGCUUGACAAACUCCUCACAGCAAAGUCAAAAUCCUCAUCUAGCCUCUCACCUGCUAGUUCACCGCAUUUGGCAACAGAUGUGGAGUAUCUUCACCGCAUUAGCUGUGAUCAGAGCAUUCAUGGAGACUUCACUUUAGAAAUGGCCAUUAGAGUAAACUGGAUGCGAGCAAGAUAUCUUAUGCUACAAGGUCAAAUGGAUUAUGCCAUGAUGUACCUAGACAGGACUUCAAAGUUCUUAGAGCUAAAGGUCAAUUCUAUUGAGGGACCUACCACCGUCAAGCUAGUGAACUGUAAAGUCGAUAACCUUGUUACAAUCGAUCAAGUCCAGAAGAAGUUAGAAUCGCUACAAAGGUGUCAAUCAUUAGAAGAGGUUCACCGUUUGUACGAGUCAGGUUAUUAUGAAGAUGUGGUUCAACUUCUGAUGCCCACACUCCAUCAACCACAGCCUAAAACCAAGGUUGGUGAACUCGGCAUGUCUAUACCUGAGAGACCGGCUCAGCUGCUGCUACUUCAGGACUCGCUUAUUAAGCUCAAGGAUUACGAGCGGUGUCUCACGUGUUCCGAGAUAGCCCUGAACGAGGCCGUGUCACAGAUGAGUCCUUGCGAGGCCUGGUCCACAACUCUCUCCAGGCUCUUUGGUUGCAUUGAUAGGAGUAUUCAGGAAGGUGAUAACAUACUGGACAAGAUUCCUCAGGAUAAACUGUGUAGACUGACUAACAACAUCGUCAAGGUUCUAGAGGCAUCCAUGAACUCUUCCGACAGUAGUUCUGAUCCACCGUUAGCAACUGCGAAACCUUGGGUACUACUCUACAAAAUCACUGAACAUCAAGAGAAGUACAAUGAGACAGUGGACAGUUCGUCAAAGACAUGUGCACCUCCGACUGUUCCUCCGCCUGAAGACUCCCCAAUGCCUGAAACACUAAACACUGACAGCAAUAUGAGCAGCGGUGAUGUGAUACGUGAGGUGCCUGCAAGUAACCUAUCUCCAUCGCUACAGUUUCUGCGCAUAGCACAUGAACAUCUCGGCAGACGUGGCUGGUGUUGUAAUAACGAGGGAGUUUUUCUGUUGCUUAAAGUGGAGGUUCUGACAAAGGAGCUUGCCAAAGCGACGGUUCCCGCCAGAGAGGAGAUGGUUCGUGAUCUUGAGCAGUGUUUCCUUUGUCUUUAUGGGCAUCCUUCUAAGAAAGCGAAGGCUCGUGGCUUACAGGAACACAAUUCCUCUCAGAUCGCGCUGACGUGGAGCAACUCAGUCGGAGUAUUUGAUUACUUCAAGCCCCCACAGCCUCCCACGUUUGACAGUAAAUCCAACACUAUCUCGGCAGAGGUACAGAAUCUCCUCCGCAGAAUAACGUUGGUAAUCCCACAGCAGGAACUUGAAGCUAUCAGCUUUGAAAGCGUCCAGUCGUUUAUUGAGGGCGGAGAUGAGCCAAUCCCCAAGUUGCCUGAUCGUCUCGUAGGCGUUAAAAGACCUGUGAUAAAUGAAAUAUUUUAUCUCCUCGCUGAUUUCUACUUCAAGAACAAAGAAUUUAGCAAAGCCCUCAAGUUCUACAUGCACGAUGUAUCUGUCCAGCCCGACAGAGCUGAUACCUGGGCCGCUAUGGCUCUCGCUCGUAAAAGGAGACUGGAAAACAAGUUAAACGCGUAUGGAACACUCUGUUACAUGCUAUACUCCCAUGCCUCCAGGCAGUUAAAUCAGUUUGAUAAAGACGAGAUGACCUCCGACAACCGUGCGUCGUUGCUUAAGCGACGUGAUGAGAUGUUGCUGUUAUCUGAGAGCUGCUUCACGUCUGCGCUCGGCAUCGAGGACGGCGAACCCUGGCUCCAUCACUAUAUCUUAGGAAAGAUCACAGAAAAACUAAACAAACCUCCAAGUGUUUAUCUGGAGCACUAUCAAAAGAUUUAUUUCCGCAUCCAUGUGUCAGUUCUUAAACUUCUCUUUGACAAGUUCCCGGAUGUUGACGUUGGUGUCCUUGAAGAUCAUCUUCAGAGAGCGUCUAAGGGGCCCUUUUAUCACGCGGAGUUUGACACUGAUAUUGGACCGGGGAACGUCUACAGGACCGAGUCCACUACAUCAGAAUCUUUGUCAAGUAGCGUUUUCGAAGACACUAAGCAAAGCGAGCCAAAGUCUUCUGAGGCUAGUGGUGUAGCCAAUUCUGUAAUUUCUCCUGAGCCCCGACAAGGUGAAGACUUCAAUCCGCCUCAAGCAGAGGGUAACAUUGCAGAAGAACAUAAAAUCGCCACCCGGGAGGUUUCCGCUGCGGAAGCCCCUACAGUCUCAACAAACAAAGUUGAGGCAGGUUCGCAAAGUGAACAAUCCUUGGACCCGACGCCGAUGGAAGUUGACUUGAGUAAUGAACCGAGCAGGUUUACACCUGCAGAGGAGACCACGGAUAGUUCCCAGACCCCUUUAGAAGUUAGUUCUAAUGAGCAGCGCGAGAGCUUGGAAACAAAACAAGCUUUUCAAGCCUCGGAAAAAAAUGAUUCUAAGUAUGCUGAUCAAUGUGCCAAGGGUGAGGAAGAAAUGGAAAGUUCCAAAGAUACCGAGCUAUCUUUAGCUGGCUCAGAUGUAAUUGGUGAUGGGAAAACUGUUGAAGAGUUAAAUGCGGAAGAAGGUGUAGGGGAAACGGGUAUGGAAGUUGAGCAUGCCGGGGAACAGGAAUCGGUCACGUGCUUGGAAAACAAACUCAAGGAUGAAGAAGAAAAUGUUAAGAGUCUCGAUAAACUGGAGGAAAGCUCUGCUGACCAGGAAACUCAAGAAGCAGUUGAGUCCACUCUAAAUUUCGAAGAUACAGAAAUCAAAACGGAUAAAGAGAUUACGUCGAAUGAAGACACUGAGGUCAACAGUAAACCAGAAAAGAUGGAGACUGAGGAUAUUCCUACUCAUGGUACAGAAAAUGUUGAAAUGACGGAAAAUACCAGUGCAAUUUUAUCAACAUCGCCUGAUGAACCAGUGACAGAGACGCCUCCUGCUGUCUCUGUGACACCGACUACUGACCCCGCUGGAGUUUCCGCUUCUAGCGUGACACCGAUGGAGAACACGAAGCUGCCAUUGACAGAGGAACAGCAGGCAAAGAAGAGAGAACUCAUGGAUCUCUGUAUUCGUGCUCUUGAGUAUUGUCUUCGGCGGUUUUCUCAGCAUCACAAGUCGCGCUAUCGCCUGGCUUAUGUCUACUACUACUCUUCUGAGCAUAAGGAAACCAGUGUCUGUCGUGAUUUACUGUUAGGCAGCAAUACAAGACAGUGCAAGACGUUUCCCUUCCCGCCUCAAGGACUUUUCAACGAGAAAAGCAAAACAAACCUGUUCUCGGCCUUUUGGAGAAUUCCAGAAGAAGAUAUAGACAGGCCGGGAUGUUUUUGCACACACACCUAUAAGUCAGUAGCUUUGAUGCUGGAAGUUCUCCGCGAGUUAAACGAGUGGGACACGUUGUUACUCAUUCAGGCUCUUCUUUAUCGAACACCGGAGGCGGGCAAGAAAUACUUGAGGGACAAUGAAAGGAACUAUUUGGCCAGGAAGGCAUUUGAGUAUUCUCUGGAAAUAAUGAAAGUGAGAGUUUCCAAGCAGGACCCUAAGGUUGAGGUCUCGUUACUUUCCCAACUGGUUAUGGAUGCAUACGAGUGCUGGAAAACUGGACAAAGAUACGAGGCCCAUGUCAAGGCGACAGAGGGUUUACUGACACAGGCCUUUGAGAUGUUCACGGCUUCCCAGUCGGCUUCAGGAGAGUCGCUUAAACUUGGUCAGGACACACCAACAGACUCCCCAACGUCUCUGUUGGAUCAGGCUUUGAAGUACUGUCAACAGCUCGUCAAGCCACAGACUUCCUCGGCCAAUACGUCAGUUUCACAUCAAACAAAAGGAUCUUCGGGAACCGACACAGGUAACGAUCAAACUUCGGGCUCCGACACCGAUGUUGUAUCAACUGCUUUAGAGCAGACCUUUUCACCUCCGAUACCACAUCAAAAAGAAAAUAAUACUUCAGUAACUUCCCCAGUAGGAGAUCCUAUUCAAGCCUCCGAAACUGUCGUGCCAGACUUGCAAGCAGAUGUUGCUAUCGAGAGGAAAACGACAGAUAAUACACUGACUCGUUCCGAAGAUGUUCCGAUGAUAGCCGACCUGAUACCAUCGUCUGAAGCUCCGAUCACGGAGGGCGUGCAACGAGACUCUGAUAGCGUAACUCUUGAGAGUGAAAAUGAAAAAAAUAGAGAUACAAUUGAGGAAAAUUCAAACUCUGCCACUGCGGAUAGUAUUUCACUACGGGAGAUGAACGACGCAUCAGACGACCCCCGGAUUACUAGUUUGCCCGCGCAAGCUGGCACACCUGCAGCACCCGUUAAUCCGGGAGGUGCUGAUAUCACCGAAGUUAGUGAUGUUCCAUCAAGCACUUAGCGACCGCACAGAUGUAUCGAUCACAUAAAAGUGUACACUGUGUUGUGCAAAAAGAUAUCAUCGUGUUAUGAUAAGUACGUCCACAUUGCUAGUAAUGAAACUUAUAACCUAAAAAGUAUAAAGAAAACAGCGCCAUUACCAAAUGAGGUUUCUUGGCUAAAACAAGGCCAAAUUGUCCCUCGUAAGAAUUCUAGGGAAUACAAUUUUUUUACAAGGUAAAGGAAAGGAAAAGAAAGGAAACUUUCAACAUGAAGGAAAUGUUGAGAAAUCCGGGUUACACUGCAUUAAUCCCUUUAUUUCUACACGGCAACUGAAAUAAAGAUGUAUUUUUCUUUAAUAGAAACAUAUGCCCGUUUAAAAUAUGACAUCUCUUGUGGCUAGGGUUUUUUAAUAUUACAAAAAAA